GUACCUUUUGGUCUUCAGUUCAGUCCGUGGCGAAACGUUCGAGAUGCAGUUGCUUUACCCUUGCCUAAUAUUCCUUCUUCUCCAGUCUGGCCAGAGCCAGGCCAAGCGGCUGGUAGGACCAUCCCUUGAAGCCCCCUCGAGUCGCAUUAAGGGCGGCCAGGAGGCAGAGACUGGAUUUGCACCCUACCAGGUGUCCCUGCAGCCCGUUGUGGGCGCCCACAACUGUGGUGGGGCUAUUCUCAACGAGCAGUGGAUCAUCACCGCCGGACACUGCGUGGAGACAUUCGCUCCGGCGCUGGUGAACGUGAUAGCCGGUACGAAUCGCUGGGCAGAGCCCGGGGCGGUGUACUACACCGCCGAGAUCCACAUUCACUGCAUGUACGAUCAGCCGUAUUUGCACAACGACAUUGCCCUGGUGAAGCUCACCCAAAACAUCACCUUCAACGAGCUGACCCAACCCAUUAAGCUGCCAACGCGGCCUGUCCGGGAGGGGGAUGAGAUAGUCCUCACCGGAUGGGGUGCGGAGGAGGCCUAUGGCAGCUCCACGGAGAACCUGCAGAAGCUGAGUCUGGGCUUUGUACCCCUCGACGAGUGCAAGGAGAUCUUCAAUCAGACCAGCGGCAUGGGUGUGGGGCACAUCUGCACCUACUCCCGUGAGGGCGAGGGCGCCUGUCACGGCGACUCGGGCGGACCUUUGGUCCGCGAUGGCCAGCUGGUGGGUCUGGUCAACUGGGGUAGGCCCUGCGGCGUCGGCCUACCCGAUGUCCAGGCGAAUGUGUGGUACUACCUCGACUGGAUACGCCGCAGGAUCAGCGGAAACUCCAAAUGCACUGCCUAGAGAACUUAGUGUACAAUAAAGAUCAUACCAUUAACCCGGCA